AUGACGAGCUCAACAACCAACACCACCACGACCGACAGCCAUGACGACGACUACGCAGCCUUUUUGGCAGAGGCGCAAGCAAACGACGUCGCCUUCCGAUCGCGCUGGGCCCGGAGAGAACAGGCCCGAGAGCACCAGUGGGCGUCGAGCAACCUCGCCGGCCUGCCGCAGCAGAGCUUCAAGGCCCCGACGCAGCGGGACAGCGCCUAUUACUCGGUUGCGUCUGUGUCACCCAGCAGCGCGAGCGGACCCGGGCCGCAGAAACGGCCGCCUCGUGGUCGGUGGUCUGCGCCUGUGCCCGCCUCCGGCUCCGGCUCCGGCCCCGUCCCCGCGUCACCCCCGACUCUCGAGCACAACCCGAGCAGGACGCUGGGCAGGCGCAUCUCCGAGUACUUUAAGCCCUCCCCCAGCGCCGGUAUGAGCGCAGUUGCAUGA